UGGCAGGCGAGUUUUCAUCGAGUACAUCUUGCUGGGAGGGGUGAAUGACAGCAUCAGUGUAGCACAUGAGCUCGGGCUGCUGCUGCAAUCACGCAACGUGGUGGUGAAUCUCAUUCCAUACAAUCACACAGAGGUGGUGGCAGAUUACCGGCCAUCCACUCCCGAGGCUGCUGAGGCAUUUCAGAAGGUGUUACGAGGGAAUUACGGGUUACGGACCACCAUCAGGCGCGAGAAAGGAAAUGACAUUGCAGGGGCAUGCGGCCAGUUGGCAGUUAAAGCCCUGAAGGGUGGGAAUCUGGGGGAGUCACAGUUAGAGGAAGGUUCCUCAGGAGGGGUGCUCUCUCCUCCCAACCCAAGUCUGUCUUCUCCCGACGAGUCCCCCGAUUCCCGUUCCAAGGGACUGGGAAAACAUAUCGCGAGUGGCGCAGCUGGCGAAGCAGCAGUAGGAGCAGUGACGGAGAGUCCGCCGUAUAAUCCGGGUCUGUUCGGUCGGCUCGCGCUCGCGAACUUCAGGCAAAAACUUGUGGAUGUGGUGGGGUGGAGCUCGCCUAAAGAGGGGUACGACGGGAUGAUAGAGGAGGCGCGGAGGCUGCUGCAGAUGCACCCCGAUCGCAAGAAGAGCGAGGAGGACGCGGUAACGAUUCUACGUGCCCACUUCCCGCCCUUCCUUCUGCCGCUCUUCAAGAGGUUCUUUGCUCCAUUGUGGAGCGGCCGGGUUGCUGCUGUUCUCUGUGCGUGGGUGACACACCUCGCCUGCCAGUGGCUCAUGGGGCCCAGCAAGGUGGUGGCGAUAGAGAUGGAGGACGGCAGGAAGCAGCUCUCAGGGGUGAAGAUAGAGAAGUGCAAGUUCCUGGACGAAUCAAAGUGUGCUGGCAGCUGCAUUCACACAUGCAAGAUGCCCACUCAGGCGUUUAUGUUUCAGGACAUGGGCGUGCCGCUGCUCAUGGAGCCCAACUUUGAGGAUUUCAGCUGCGAGUUCAAAUUCGGAGUGCGUGCCCCCCCUCGAGACACCGAUCCUGUGCUGCUCACUCCCUGCCUUGCCACCUGCCCCAUUCGCUUCCCUUCUCGCUCCUCCUCCUCUCUCUCUCCUUCUCCCUCCUCCACCUCCUCUCCACUCGUGGACCCUCAGGCUCCACCAUGCACCUAG